CACGAUCUUGUAAAUAGAAUAGUUACUGAGGCCAACGUGUAAAAAAGACAAGAGAACAAAAUUAAGGCGUGGUAAUGGCAUUUAAACCCGUUGCCGCUCUAGUUCUGUGUGCUGUUAUAUUGGCAGUUGAAAUUGCUGAUACCGAAGCCAAGUGUGGAUAUAAGUCAUGUCCUGCUUCACCAACAAAAUACACCAACAUUCACCUUGUUCCACAUUCUCAUGACGAUGUUGAGUGGCUUAAAACAGUUGAUCAAUACUAUUAUGGCAGCAAAACAGGCAUCCAAAGGGCUGGAGUUCAAUACAUUUUAGAUUCUGUUAUCGAUGAGCUCCAAAAAGAAAGAAAUAGAAGAUUCAUCUACGUUGAGUCGGCGUUUUUCUUCAAAUGGUGGGAUGAACAAAGCUCAAGCACCCAAAAGAUUGUCAAAAAGUUAGUAAACGAUGGUCAAUUGGAGUUCACUGGAGGUGCAUGGAGCAUGAACGAUGAAGCUGCCGUCCAUUAUCAGAGUGUUAUUGAUCAAUUUACCAUUGGACUUAAGAGACUUGAUGAGACAUUUGGUGAAUGUGGACGACCUAAAGUUGGCUGGCAAAUCGAUCCUUUUGGUCAUUCUCGACAAAUGGCAUCGACUUUUGCUGAAAUGGGUUUCGAUGGAGAGUUUUUUGCUCGCAUGGAUUGGGUUGAGAAAAACUUGAGACUUAAAAAUAUUUCAGCUGAAAUGAUUUGGAAGGCCAGUCCAAGUUUGGGUGAAAGCUCUGAACUAUUUACUGGAUUACUCUACAACCACUAUUCAGCUCCUCCAGGCUUUUGCUUCGAUACUUUAUGUCAAGAUGACCCUAUUAUCGAUGGGAAAAGUGCUGAUAAUAACGUUAACAAAAAAGUCGAAGACUUUCUAGACUAUACCAAGAAUAUGAGCGCUUAUUACAAGACCAAUAAUUUAAUGAUCCCUAUGGGUGACGAUUUUAAUUACCAAAGUGCAGGAAUCAAUUUCAAGAACAUGGACAAGCUCAUUAAAUAUGUUAAUGAACGCCAGAAGUUUGGAUCGAAAGUGAACAUCUUCUACUCAACACCAUCGUGUUACCUCAAGUCACUUUAUGAUGAUUUGCAGACUUGGCCAACCAAAACUGAAGACUUUUUGCCUUAUUCAACAGAUUGGCACUCUUACUGGACUGGAUAUUACAGCUCUAGACCAACUCAGAAACGAUACGAACGUGUUGGGAAUCAUUUUCUCCAAGUUUGUAAGCAACUUACAACUUUCGCCAAAUUAUCUUCAGCAAGUGCUAAGAACAAUCUCGAUAAUCUUCGUCAUGCUAUGGGUGUUAUGCAACAUCAUGACGCUAUCACUGGAACUGAAAAACAAAAGGUCGCUCAAGACUAUGAUAAAUUACUCCAUGGCGCCAUUUUCGAUUGCGAAAAUAAUACAAGGGAAGCUCUUCAAAAGUUAACAAACCUAACGAAGGGAGAAUUCGAGAGUUGUCAUUUAUCGAAUAUAAGUGUGUGUUCUCUUUCCUCUAAGGCAGACAGUUUCUCUGUGACGCUAUUUAACGCUCUUGGAAAGAUUUCUACACAAAAUGUAAGAAUUCCAAUUUCAAACGGAACCUAUGUCGUCUCCGACAAAUCAGGCAACAUUAUUCCAUCUGAGGUUGUGCCAGUGGCUUGGUCAGUUUUGAAGAUUCCGUAUAGAAGAAAUGUGACUCAGCAUGAGCUUGUUUUUACGGCGACAGUUAUCAACAUCCAAACUAUAUAUGUGAAGCGCAUUUCGAAACCAAAAAUUCAGGACAAAAUAGUUCCAGAAUGGUUUGCAAAGUUCAGGUCAGGCAGAGGGUCGCCAGUGAUAGUCGAGAAAUUUUAUGAAAGCCGAGCAACAAAGGCACCUAACCAACCCAAACUGAACAAUUUCACAGUUGAAAAUUCUAAUAUUCGCUUGAACUUCAGUUCUACUGGGCAUUUGGUUGCAAUAAAAAUGAAUGGAAUAGAUCAAAAAAUUCGUCAAGAUUUCUUUUAUUAUCGAGGAGCAAGUGGAAAUAACGCUGAAUUUAAAAACAGAUCUUCCGGGGCUUAUAUUUUCCGGCCCAAUGGAACUGAAGUUGCCGUUGCAACAAAAGUCAACUUAAAUGUUAUUAAAGGAAAACUCGUUCAAGAAGUGCAUCAAAUUUUCAACGACUGGAUUAGUCAAGUCAUAAGAAUCUACAAUAAUACAAAUAGAGUGGAAUUUGAAUGGCUCAUUGGGCCAAUUCCAAUUGAUGACAAAGUGGGAAAAGAAGUAAUAACCAAAUUCACUAGUCCAAUCAAUUCCAAGGGUGUAUUCUACACUGAUUCUAAUGGCCGUGAUAUGAUGAAGAGAAUUCGCAACCACCGCGAGAAGUUUACAGCCAAUCUCACAGAAAGAGUUUCAGGAAAUUAUUAUCCCAUUACUUCGAGGAUUGCAUUGGAAGAUGAAAAAACCCGACUUGCAAUACUUAACGAUAGGGCCCAAGGUGGUUCAAGUAUAGAAAAUGGAUCGCUUGAACUCAUGCUUCAUCGGAGAUUAUUAAAUGAUGAUGCUUUCGGUGUAGGAGAGGCUCUUAACGAAACUGCUUAUGGUCAGGGACUGGUUGCUCGAGGAAAGUACUAUCUCGUGAUAAGUCCACCAAAAAAAGAAUCCUCUAUAGUAGAAAGACAAAUACAAUUGGAGGUUCUUCUUCCAUUCUGGAACUUCUUCAGUUCAAACGGAACUGAUAGCAAAGUUCAAGUACCUUUAGUUCCAUCCUUCAACUCUCUCCCAACAGGCAUUCAUCUCCUCACCAUUGAACCUUGGUCAGAUACUGAAAUUCUUUUGCGUUUAGAACACUUUUUGGAUAUUUCAGAAAGUUCGAAGAUAAGUUUCAGCAUUCGUCCAAUAUUUAUAGAACUUGGUGGAUCUAAAAUAAGGGAAACGACACUUGAUGGUUCUAUGGCUCUUAGUGAUAUGAAGAGACUCAAAUUCGUCGAACAGGGUGCUAAGGUUAAAAAAAAUCAGUACAUUAAAGCUAAGCAUAUACCAUUAAAAGCAUCAAAGAAAGAUAAGGACCCAGCUUUUGUGGUGAGCUUUGAGCCUAUGCAAAUUAGAACAUUUGUUAUUAAAAUUGAUAAGUAAGGAAUAUAUGUUAUGACUUAUGAGAAUUUCUGUACAUAAUAUAAUAUUAUUUUGGACUUAAAAGUUGUUUACAAAAUUCCAAUAUUGUUUUAUUCAUUAAAUUUCUACUGGAACAUUUAAGUUCAUUAACACUCCUUAUAAAAUAUUAUGGAAAAUUAAAUUAAAAAUGUUACUAAAUGUGCAGAAAAAUGUAAAAUAUAGAAAACGAAGAUGUCAA